AUGCUUGAACCUGGGGAUAUUAUUUUUUAUUCGAAAAAUUUGGAAAAUUCCGAUUUUUCGAAUGCUGUUGAGAAUGUGGUGAAAGAUAAUUUGCUUUUUCAUGUUGCCAUUUUGUCGGAUGAAUUUAGAAUAAUUGAGGCGGUUCCGGGAAAUAUUGGAGUUAUUGAAGUGGAAAAUAUUGAGAAGAGUUUGGAAUUUCAUUCGCCUAGAGAAUUGGAAAUUUGUAGGCUAAAAUCAAUCGAUAAACGCUCUCGAAUUCUUGCUGGAAAAUUUGCGAGAUCUAAAAUUGGCAAAAAAUACAAUGAUAUAUUCACUCACAAUUUGAUCAACUCGAAAAACGACGAAUCUUUCUAUUGUAGCCAAUUAAUCACGGAAGCUUAUAAAAACAUUGUUUCUUGGCCUCCGCACACUUUGAAUUUUGAGAAUUCGGAUGGAGAGUUGAUUGAAUAUUGGAGAGAGUAUUUUGAGAAGAGAGAGUGCAGAGUGCCACAAGGAGAUGAGGGUUCGCAUCCCGCACAAUUGAGAAAAUCUCAACUACUUGAGGUUUUGAGUUUUUUUUUAGAGGAAUGGGAUUUUUAAUGGAAAAAAAACGAGAUCUGAAAAUACACAAUGUGUAAUUUGAUAUCAAAAAUUGCAAGGCCUCUAAUUUUUGCUGUAGUUUUCGUUUUCUCUAAAUCUCAUUUUACCGUCAACUUUUCUCCGGCCACAAGACCUCAAAAAUAAAUUUCUAUUUUUGGAUUUUCUGAAAAUUUUCACGUUUUUCCACGUGUACUCUCUAAAAUGAUUUUUUUUCAUUUCUCAAUUAUUUGCAGGUUGUUAUGCGAAUUGUUCCCGGUGGAAUAUCUUUGAAAAAUUUGCGAAAUUCAAAAAUAUUCGAUUGUCCCAAUUGGAUAUCUGGAAAUUCAGUGGAUUUGCCAUCGGACAGGAAGUUUGAUGUAAUUGAGCCAAGAUCGGGUGGGUUUUUGAUGGGAUUUUUUCAGAAGGGUUCGAAAGUUCGAGGUUUUCUAAAAAAUUAUCUAAAACUUCCAUAUUUUUUUCGAAAAGUGUUUUUCCAGGGAAAACUUUGGCGAACUGGAGUUAUGCCACAGAAGAACACGUUGAUUACACAGUACAAGUCGCCCAAAAAGCUCAGAAACUUUGGGCCAACACAAAUUGGCUCGAAAAAAGUAAUGUUUUGCGGAAGACGGCUGAAGUGAGUAUGGAUUUUUCUCGAAAAAUCCAAAAAUGUUCUUAUUUCCAGCUUCUAAAAUUGUAUUGCGACGAAAUUGCUUAUUGGGAAUGUAUUGACAAUGGAAAACCAUUAUACGAAGCAAAAGCUGAUGUUUUAUCCUGUGUUGAUACUUUCACAUUUUAUUCGGGAAUAUCUCACGAUUUACUUGGCCGACAUGUUCCAAUUGAUCCAUCUCGAUUUGCAUACACAAAAAAGGUUCCAUUUGGUGUGGUCGCAUCAAUUGGCGCCUGGAAUUAUCCGAUUCAAACUUGCUCUUGGAAAACUGCUCCGGCGUUAGCUUGUGGGAAUUCCGUUAUUUAUAAACCAAGCCCGUUGAGUCCGGUAUCGGCGUUGAUUCUUGGAGCGAUUUUGAAGGAGGCUGGAUUACCGGAUGGAACUUUUAAUGUGAUUCAAGGCGAUGCGAAGACUGCGAAUGCUUUGAUUGAACAUGAAGGUGUUAAUAAAGUUUCGUUUACUGGAAGUAUUCCAACGGGAAAGAAAAUUAUGAAGGUUAGUUUUUGGGCCGACAUUGAUCUACAGAAAUUCCGACAAAAAUCUGAUUAUACUAAAAUUUUGUAAUUCAAAAAUGUUAUCAAGUAUUUUUAUAGGCUUGUGCGGAACGAAACAUCAAGCCAGUAACCCUUGAACUUGGUGGAAAAUCAUCUCUAAUCGUGUUCGAUGAUGCUGAUUUAGACACCGCAGUUUCUUGUGCAAUGAUGGCGAAUUUUUAUAGUCAAGGACAAGUUUGCUCAAAUGCAAGUAAAGUAUUAGUUCAUACAAGUUUGAUCGAAGAAUUCACCAAAAAACUUGUUGAAAAAACGAAAAAUAUGAAAAUUGGCGAUCCUUUAGAUGAAAAUAAUACAAAAGUCGGUGCUCAUAUUAGUGAAGAACAUCGAAAUAAAGUUGAAGAAUAUAUAAAUGGUGCGAUAUGUGAAGGUGCUAAUAGAAUUUAUGGAGGAGAACGGGUUACUGUAAAUGGAUUCGAAGGUGGAUUUUAUCUUUCGCCAUGUAUUUUAUCGAAUAUAAAUUCGAAAAUGAGAGUUUAUCAUGAGGAAAUAUUUGGAAGUGUUUUAUUGAUUAUACCAUUUUCGGAUGAAGCAGAAGCUAUAAGAAUUGCAAAUGAUACGAAAAUGGGAUUAGCUGCUGGAAUCGUGACGAAGAAUUUGAAUAGAUCUCAUAGAAUUGUGGAGCGAUUGAAUGCUGGAAAUGUUUAUGUGAAUACCUAUAAUGAUGUUUGUAAGUUUUUUUUUCGAAUUUUUUGAAUUCGACAAUGGGUCACCCUUUUUGAAGUUUUCUAAAUAACUCAAAGAUCAAUGAGUCAAAAUCUGACGAAAAUCGCAAUGAGCUGAAUGUGUAAUUAAAUAAUCCAAUUGACUGCCAAGGUUAAUUUGCAGCCCCUCUAGUACCAUUUGGCGGAUUUGGUGAAUCUGGAUUUGGUCGAGAAAAUGGCGUAGCUGUCCUCGAACACUACACCCAAAUCAAAUCAGUAUUUGUAAACACUGCAAAUUGUGAAAACCCAUUUUAA